CCAUCAACAGUUUCGCUUUUUGUCUGAAAUCGACAUCUGGCAGUAGCUAAUCAAGAUGUCUUACGACCCGAAUGAUCCCGACUUCGAGUAUCUUGCCGUAGAUCGCAAGAAGCUACUCAAAGAACAGACACAAGCUUUUGAUGGUAAAAAAGCAUGUUGGGUUCCGGAUGAAAAAGAUGCUUUUUUACCAGCUGAAAUCCAAAGCAGUAAGGGUGAUGAGAUAACUGUCAAGGUCACCACCAACCAGUCGAUCAAGACUGUAAAGAAAGAUGACAUUCAGCAGAUGAAUCCACCGAAGUUUGAGAAGUAUGAGGAUAUGGCUAACUUGACCUAUUUAAAUGAAGCUGCUGUACUUUACAACUUAAAGUCCCGCUACCAAGCAGGUCUCAUUUACACUUAUUCUGGUCUUUUCUGUGUGGCCAUCAAUCCUUACCGACGUCUUCCAAUUUACACAAUGAGUGUUAUUGGUAAAUAUCGAGGAAAGAGAAAGGUUGAGAUGCCUCCUCAUUUGUUCUCUAUUUCUGACAACGCUUACCAAAACAUGUUGCAAGAUCGUGAAAAUCAGUCUGUGCUUAUUACUGGUGAAUCUGGUGCUGGUAAAACUGAAAAUACCAAGAAAGUCAUCAUGUACUUUGCUCAUGUUGCUGCUGUAGCUCACAAAGAAGAAGAAGAGAAGAAAGACAGCAAAAAGGGUACACUAGAAGAUCAGAUUGUACAAUGUAAUCCAGUACUUGAAGCUUACGGUAACGCCAAGACAACCCGUAAUAACAACUCUUCUAGAUUCGGUAAAUUUAUCCGUAUCCAUUUUGGUACCCAAGGUAAAAUCUCUGGAGCUGAUAUUGAACAAUACUUGUUGGAGAAAUCUCGAGUUACAUUUCAACAAUCUGCAGAAAGAAACUACCAUAUUUUCUACCAGCUUCUGUCUAACGCAAUCCCACUUUAUCCAGAAAAGCUGCUGUUAAGUCCAGAUCCAGCCCUUUAUUCAUUUAUCAACCAAGGCUGUAUUACUGUGGACAAUAUUGAUGAUUCACAGGAAAUGUUGGAUACAGAUAAAGCUUUCGAUGUCUUGGGAUUCAGUGAGGAGGAAAAAAUGGGUUUCUUCAAAUGUACCGGUGCCAUCAUCCAUUUUGGUGAAAUGAAAUUCAAACAGAGACCCAGAGAAGAACAGGCUGAAUCUGAUGGAACUGCUGAAGCUGAAAAGGUCGCUUUCUUAUUGGGUAUCAACUCCGGAGAUUUAAUGAAAGGAUUCUUGAAGCCAAAGAUUAAAGUCGGUAACGAGUAUGUCACUCAGGGAAGAAACAAGGUCCAAGUGGUCAACUCUGUUGGAGCUUUGGCAAAAUCUCUGUACGAUCGUAUGUUCAAGAACAUGGUUGUUCGUGUCAACAGAACUUUAGAUACUAAGGCCAAGAGACAAUUCUUCAUUGGUGUACUGGAUAUUGCUGGUUUUGAAAUUUUCGACUUCAACAGUUUUGAACAGAUUUGUAUCAACUACACCAACGAACGUCUUCAACAAUUCUUCAACCAUCACAUGUUCAUUCUGGAACAAGAAGAAUACAAGAAAGAAGGAAUUGAAUGGGAAUUUAUUGAUUUCGGUAUGGAUUUACAGGCCUGUGUUGAUUUGAUUGAAAAGGUAUGUUUCCGUUUUCAUUGUUUUGAUUCAGCUUGUAGAUAUUCAGAAUUGAAAAGAUGGUUUUCCAGAAAAUGUUUUGAACUUUCAAAUUUUAUCAAUUUUCAACAUUUUUCUAUUCCAGCCUUUAGGUAUCUUAUCCAUCUUAGAAGAAGAAUGUAUGUUCCCUAA